AUGUUCCGUCAACAGAUUGCCCGCCAGGCCCGCCUCUUCAGCACCACACCCGUCGCACGCAAGAGCCCCGUAGAUGCUAUCAAGGAUGCUGCCAAGGCCGUCGACAGGACAAUCUCUGGUGCCGCUGUAAAGGGCAUUGAGAAGGGUGAGGAAGUCGCUGGCGCCGUCAAGGAGUCCGUCCCCGAGACCACUGGCCAGGCUAAGGGCCAGGCAAACGAGAUGGCUGGCGAGGCCAAGGGAAAGGCCAACGAGCUCGCUGGUGAGGCCAAGGGCAAGGCACAGGAGCUCAAGGGCGAGGCCAAGAGCAAGAUGUAA